AUGGAAAGUUUCUUAGAAAAAAAAAGUCCUGUUUUAAUUAAAGGAUGGCAAAAGAGGUAUUUUGUUUAUUGUGAGAAUCUAAUUUUAUAUUUUAAAAAUAAAGUUGAUUUACCUCCUUAUCAACCAAAAGGUAUUAUAUAAUAUUUUAUAUUAAGGAGUAAUUAUGAAAUAGAAUAUAGUUUAAAUAGAUUAUUUAGAUCCAAAUAAAAAUGAAUUUGUUAUUCAUGUUGGUUUAAGAAAAUUUUAAUUGAAAGCAGAAAAUAAAGAAAUAAAAGAGAAAUGGGUAAUUAUAAAAAACUGAUAUUCAGCUAGAUAUUUUAAAAGUACCAUUUAAUUAAACAUCAAAAACAAAGUCUGAAUUAUCAUCAAUGAAUAAAGUUAAAUGGUAGAAUAUAAUAUUUAAUUGAAGGCAUGAAAUUCCUAAAUAAUAAAUAAUUUAAUUAUAUUUGAGAAGAGAAGAGAUUUUGUAAGGUCUCAUUUAAUAAUAAACAUAAGAUACAUAGAAUGCAUUAAUGAAAUCCUCAUACAUUUAAUAGACAAUAGAAGCUAUGGGCGAAAAAGUAAUAAUAAUUUAAAUAUAAGAACAAAGAGUUUAUAAUGAGAUUUUUAGUAGAAAAAAAGUCAAUAAAGAAUCCUUUAGUAAAAAAGAAGAGAUGGUUAUUGUUAUUCACUUCAAUAAGUAUUGAAUCUUUAGAUUAAAUACAUUAAUUCAUUAAGUUUAUUCCUUAAUAAUAUACAUUAGAUACAAUAAAUUUAUUAAAAUAUGAGAAUAAUUUAGCAACAUUAACAAGUAAUAACAAUAUGAUUUAAUAUUAUAGAAACAACAAUAGAAUUAUAUUAAAUAUAAAGUUUACAGUUUGUUGUAACAAAUGAAUAUUAAAUUAUUUUUAUGCAUAAUGGUAGAAUAUUUGAAUUUAUCUUUCCAUAUUUAAAUGAUGCAAAGAAAUUACAUGAUUAUAUAGUUAAAUGUUAACAAAUAAAUAAUAGCAUGCCUGUUUAAGUAAGUAGAACUAAUUAAAUUCCUGUCUAUAAAAUGUAAGAUAGUAGAAGAAGAAUAAUUAAUUUAAAAGGAAAAAUAAUUUUAGAGAAUUAAGUUGAAAAAAGAAUUAAUGGAACUUAAUGGAAAAACGUAAUUCUUACAUUGAAAGAACGUGAGUUAUUUUGGGAGUUUGUUGAUACUGAAGAAUAUUAAAAUAUAGAAUUGAAAUCAAUUUCAGGAAUUGAAUAAUGUAAUAGAAUGUUUACAAUAAUAGUAAUGAAUUGAAAUCUUAAAUUAGGUAAAUGAUUAAAAUACAGUACAAUAGUAAUUCAGAGUAUCAACUAUUAAAGAAGCAGAUGAAUGGACUGGUUAAUUAUCAUAUAUGACAGAUAUUGAUAUUAAUAUUAAAGUAUUGGAGAAAUCCUAAACACUAUAAAAUUAUUAAUAAAAUGCAUUAACAAACUAAUUAUAGACUUAAUAAUUAUCAAAAUAAUAAACUUAAUAAUAAUAAGAAUAAAAGAAACCUUCAUUUUUUGAAUCACUUUUUUGUUGGGGAAGUGAAAGAAAAGAAUAAUGA